AUGGGGUCAAGACGAACAGAUCCUGCUUUGGGAAUGGAAACUAGUGUUCUUGGAAGUGAACCUUUCAGCUGGAAAAAGCCAGAGGAGAUUAAUUCAGAGGAUGAAAACUUUGCACAACAUGUUGAUCUGUUGACCGACAAAGAUUCAGCAAAUUCUCCUUCGCCCUCUUCUAGGGCUACUAAACUUAAACUUCCCAAGGCUAGUGGAAAAAGAAAGAGGGCUUUGAAGUCUGAAGAGGAUUUUCCUCUCGAAACAAAGGAGUUAGAUGUAUCGGGUUUUGUUGAGGUUCGGCGAGAAGCUGCGGCAAACAAGAUGAGAUUCGCAGAGUACAUGCGCAGGUAUCACAAUGCCAUCACGAGGAUCAAUACUUUUAAAUUGAGCAAGGAAGAGGGUGAGACCAUGUGGCAUAACCUGAACUUGGAAUAUAAAUUUUAUUAA